ACGGCACGCGUUUCGCUUCGAGAGAGAGAGAGAGUUACCCGAAAAAUAACCAAGCAAGCAGCACAAAAAACGCGCUAAAGUCGCCAAUUGUUGUUGUUGUCGUCGAAAGUCGAAAGUCGGUUGUCGCUUGUCUCGUUGUUUCCCGUUGUUUCUCGUUGAUUGUCGUUGUUGUUGUCGCCGCCGUCGUCGUCGGUUGUUGUCGUAUUGUUGUUGUUGCUGGCUCUCUGUUUUUUUUUGCGUUAUUUUGUUGUUGCCGUCGUCCCGCCGCCUCCGCCUUCGCCGCCCCGCCCCCUUUUCGUCUGACUGUCUGCGUGUGAGCGUGUGUUGGUGUGUUGUGUCUGUGUCGCGCAUGUGACCGCCUCAGCUGCUGAAACUUCAAAACAAAUAUUGGAAAAUUCCGAAUAAAAAAAGGUGUGCCAGUUAGCCGAAGGAACCGAAUGCAGAUUGAAAGCUAAAGUUCGAGGAAGCCAACAGGAACCAAAACAAGGAAGCGAGCCCCUGUCCGUGCGAAGGACCUCCUGGGUCUGUGUGCGUGUGUGCGUGUGUGGGUGCGGCGACACCACUACCACUACCGCUAUCACUACCACUAUAGCAGCAUCGGGCGAAAUACUUUUUGUGCCAAGGACUCGCCCUUUGUCUAUCUAUACCACUCCCCUUGCACUCUUCGCGGAAUAACGUGGAACAAAUGAAGGAGGAAGCGCAGGAAUGAGGCGAUGUGAAGCAAAAGGACAACGAGGACAGCAAGGAACACAACAAAGGCAAAACCGGAAGAAGGCCACCAAAUUGAAGAACACACACAUUUGAAGAAUUUUAAUCGAAAACUGCCAAGAAACAAGUAUAUUUACAAAUAUAUUUAUAUACCUUGUAAGCCAAAAAAAAAAAACAAAAAUAAGAAAAAAACGACCGUACAUUAAUAGAUCUAAAAUAUAUAGAUACAUAUAUAGAGAAAUAUGUUAUAUUUACUAUGAAAUCGAGGAGCAUGGAAGCGAUACCCAGAAUAAUAAUCGAUGUAAAUAAAUGCUGCCAAUUCGAUUACACUGCGAAUUAAGAACUGCAACUGAGAUGCAUAGAACGCACAACAACAAUCCCAGAAAUACCAGGAAUCCACAAUCCAUGAAGAGAAAGUUCACUUUUCCCGCGACAGCUGCGCCUGCGCCUUAAAAACUAGACAUAAACAUAUAUAUAUAUAUAUAUCGUAUCGAUCUUGGAACUAUUAAAUUGAAAGGAUUGGAGCCGCCAGAGCCGAGGAUUAUAUAUAUAUAUAUAGUCAUAUAUAUAUAUAUAUAUAUAGAGCGAGAGAGAGAGACGGGGCAGAUCCACCACCGCAGCACAGGCAAAAAAAGCGUGCAGAGGGAAAUGAGAUGAAGUGGUUUCAAGUGACCAUAGAUAUGAUUCUUGUGCUUUCAUUUAUAUCAAGCAGCACAGCGAAUCCGGAUGCGAAACGAUUGUACGACGAUUUGCUGAGCAACUACAACAAACUGGUACGACCGGUGGUCAAUGUGACGGACGCGCUCACCGUUCGCAUCAAGCUGAAGCUAUCGCAACUGAUCGAUGUCAAUCUGAAGAACCAGAUAAUGACCACCAAUCUGUGGGUGGAGCAGUCCUGGUACGACUACAAGCUCAAGUGGGAGCCCAAGGAGUAUGGCGGCGUCGAGAUGCUUCACGUGCCCUCCGAUCACAUCUGGCGUCCGGACAUCGUUCUCUACAACAACGCCGAUGGCAAUUUCGAGGUGACGCUGGCCACCAAGGCCACGUUGAAUUACACAGGACGCGUCGAGUGGCGACCGCCGGCGAUUUACAAGAGCUCCUGCGAAAUCGACGUGGAGUACUUUCCCUUCGACGAGCAGACCUGCGUCAUGAAGUUCGGCAGCUGGACAUACGAUGGAUUUCAGGUGGAUCUGCGGCACAUCGACGAGCUGAACGGCACCAAUGUCGUGGAGGUGGGCGUGGAUCUGUCCGAGUUCUAUACGUCCGUCGAAUGGGAUAUCCUCGAAGUUCCUGCAGUGCGAAACGAGAAGUUCUACACGUGCUGCGAUGAGCCAUAUCUGGACAUCACCUUCAACAUAACGAUGCGUCGGAAGACUCUCUUCUAUACCGUCAACCUGAUCAUUCCCUGCAUGGGCAUCAGUUUUCUCACCAUCCUCGUAUUCUACCUGCCAUCGGAUAGUGGCGAGAAGGUCUCAUUAAGCAUAUCCAUUCUGCUGUCGCUCACUGUGUUCUUCCUGCUGCUGGCGGAAAUCAUUCCGCCCACAUCGCUGGUGGUGCCGCUGCUGGGAAAGUUUGUGCUCUUCACCAUGAUACUGGAUACCUUCAGCAUCUGUGUGACUGUAUUGGUGCUGAACAUUCACUUCCGGUCGCCGCAAACGCACACGAUGGCUCCUUGGGUGCGGACCGUGUUCAUCAACCAGCUGCCCCGCUUCCUGGUCAUGCGACGUCCGCUCUAUCCGAUCAGCGAGAUGAUCAAAUCCUCGCGCCGCCUAAUGGUGCGCACCUGCAAUGGACUCGAACUGAGGGAUCAAAUACCACCGCUGCCACCGCCGGUGGCCUUGUCUCGUAUGCACCACAGCCCGAAGACGACAUCGCGUAGCACCUCGCCGCAUCUGCAGCACCGCGUGCAAACCUACAACCUGAUGGACGAGUGCGGCAUGGGCAUGGGCGGCGGUGCCUCUACCAUUACCGGCCAUUUGAGCUCCCUGUAUCCGCCGACGAUGUCGACGGCCAACCAACAGACCUCGACCACAUCAUCGCUGAUCGAUGCCCAGUACCACAAUCAGUACCAGCAGACGGGCGGUUCGCUGCUGGACCAUCCACUUACGCCCACCAAGUUCCGCCAAAUGACUUCGACCUCCAGCCAGACGGGUCAGAAUGGCAGCGGGAACGGUAACGGUAACGGUGGCUACGGCGGGCAUGGCCAGAGCGGUGGCCAUCAUCUGUAUCGACAGCAGUCGAGCUGCUCGGCGAAUUUCUCGCCGCUGCCGCAGCACGCCCACCAGGCGCACGCCUCCACCACCACCAGCGAUCUGGGCAUGGCCAAUCCGAAUGUGAUAAAAUCGACGACGACGGUUAACUCGGUGGCCACCGCCUCGACGCUGGCGGACUCCUGCUGCAGCGGCACCAUUCAGAUCCACCAGGGCAUGGGCGCCGGAGCCGCUUGCCAGUCGUCGGAGCUGCUGCACCAUCAGCAGUUGCACCACCAGCAGAUGCAUCACCAGCAGCAACAGCAGCAGCAGCAGCAGCAUCACCACCACCAGCGACCCACCACCUCGGCAGCGGCGGCAGCAGCAGCGGCAGCCGCCGGCGGACCCAGCACCUCGGCAGCGGCAGCUGCAGCAGCGGCGGCAGCGGCGGCCGGAACGCCACCCCCACCGCCUCCGCCGGCGGGCGUCUGUGAUAUUCUGCCCGCCUGCCAGCGCGAGGGCGGGCCGCACUGCUGUUCGGGGCGUGGCAAUGUGCGCCAACGGUGGCACACCUGUCCGGAACUCCACAAGGCCAUGGACGGGGUCACCUACAUUGCGGAUCAGACGCGCAAGGAAGAGGAGAGCACAAGGGUGAAAGAGGACUGGAAGUACGUGGCCAUGGUGCUCGAUCGCCUGUUCCUGUGGAUCUUCACAAUAGCCGUGGUCGUCGGCACCGCUGGCAUUAUCCUGCAGGCUCCGACGCUCUACGACACCCGGAUGCCCAUCGAUAUAAAGCUAUCGGAGAUCGCCUCGACGACGGCCAAGCCGAAUGUGGCCAGGCCUGUGUUGUAAACGGAUCGAUAAUUAUCGGUUCGCGCGGAUCGAUCGAUAUUCAGUAUUUCGAAGAAACCACAAACCACACACACAGUCUGAUGGAGCAAAACACAAGUAAUGAAUGAAAUUCGCAUUUGUUUUUUCUUUAACCAGAGACGGAGGAUAGAAAAAAAAAAGAAAGAAAAAAAAUAACAAAAAAAAAAUAACCACAAAACUUGUUCCAGAAAAACAAAGAGAAGCGACGACGAGAAUCCAAGUAACUAUAACUAAUAAAUUGUAUUUGUUGUAUACAUAAAUGGUAUAACUAACUAUAAAUAAUUUGUACACUAAUGUUUAAACAGGCAACGAUGCUAAACAAAAACGGUUUUUUUUCUAGGCAACCUAAAAUGAACAGAGAGACAAAAGUGACGAAAAAGCAAAAAACAGAAAACAGAUAAAAUACGAAUUAAUUAAGUAAAACAAUUCAACUGAAACGAAGCGCAAAAUAGUAUGCAACAGAUAAACAAAUACGAUUUAUGGUAAUAAUUGAGAGCGAAAUUAAAUUAGUGAAAUUAAAUUAGCCUAGCCAAAACAUCAAGAAUAACGGAAACAAAAAAAAAACACAAAACAAAACAAAAAAAAAUCGUGUAUUUGUUGAACAAGAAAGUGAGUAGAUGAAGGACAACAUUAGUUAGCUAAGCGAAUCAACAUAAAGGAACAGGAAAAAAGCCAACAAAAAUGGCAUAUGUGUGUAAAAGUGUGUGUGUGUCUGCACUGAAAGAAAAACGUAGGAAGAGAGAACGCGACGUUGUUUGCCAUUUAGAGCCUUUGAAUACCAUUUAACUUGAAGAGAUUAAUUCCAACUUUUGAAUGUAGUUGCAUACAUACAUACAUAACAAUAGCUCACAGAAAGUUAACAGAGAACAUUUUGCCUUUAAAUCAAGACAAAUGCAUCUUGAAGAUAGUUUCCAUAAAUAUUAUAAUGUUUUUAAAGUUUUCUAUGGAAAUCUUUGGCUGAUUGUUUGCAAAUUUUUAUAUGUAAAAGCGUAUCUGUUAAGGAAGUUAUGAUAAAUCAAAUUUAGAGACUUACGACGACGCGAAGAAGCCCUCUUUUUUCCAUUUUGAAUACUUCUGCUCGAUUCAUUACAUUUUCUCCGUGUGCAUGAGUGUGCGUGCUGCCGUGUGUGUGUGUGUGUGUGUGUGCAUAUGUGUGACUGCAAAUGAGGCAUGCAAAUUAGUGCAAAUAAAGCGAGAGAAAGUAAGAGGGAAAGAGUGUAAGAGUGAGAAGGGGGGGUAGAGUGCGGGAAACCGGAAAAGCCCCCGCACCCUCAACAUCACCCACACCACGCUUUCGCCUUGGGGCAAUUAGUUAGCACAAAGCUUUAGUUAUUAUGCCCAAGUGUACGUGGGCCUGUAUGCGUGUUGGUGCGAGCGCAUGUGUGUGCAUAGUAAAUAAUCACCAUUAGAAAUUCAAAUUCAAUUUUGGCGCUUGCACUGCCUAAUUGGCAAAAGCGCGUCCAAGUUGCUAGUGAUUUUUUAUUUUUUUUUUUUAGUUUUAGUUUUUAGUUUUGUUUUUGGCCGCCCAAUUAACAUUUCCCACGCUCGCCGCGCUCAUAAUUUAUGCUAAUUUCCAGUUGCAUAAUUCACUGAAAACGAAAGCAGCAGCAACAAAUAACACGGCAAGUUAAUGGCCAAAUAAAAAGGCAAGUUACCUUACCUUCGCCUUUGAAUUUUUUCUGGUCUUAAAUAUAGCUAUUGCUAUAUUUGCAGUCCCGUUUAUUUGCCUUACACUUUUUUUUAUGGCCCAUAAAAUCAAAUGAUGCCUGAUUAGGGGGAGCCAACAAAAAAGGUAACAAACAGGACAUUGAUAGCGGGGAAAUCCCCUUUUUUGCAUUCGGAAAACAGCAAGUUUUAAAAUCUACGCAACAUAACAGAUUUAUGUUAGCCAGAGGGAAAUUUUAACAGCAGCCAGGCGACAAAAGUUUCAUUUUCGCUAUUGCCUUCUUCGAAAAGGGAAAUUUCUUUAUUAUUCUUUAUAUCUAUAUUUCCCCAACUAGCUAUUAAUUUCAAUUAAGAAAAUAUUUUGAGAAAUAUUAGCUCUUAAAUGGGUUUAUCUUUAAAAAUGCAUACAUUAUCUUCUUUUAAUUAUUUUUUUAAAUCAUUUUAAAAAGGUGUUACUGCAAUUGUUUUGUGAUUUUUGGUCGCCAUUCAAUGAUUGCCAAAGCCAACAAAAACCACAUUGCGUGUGUCGUCACAAGCAAGUGUCAAUCACAGUCACCGCAGUGCAAUUGUCCUGCCACGCCCCCAUUACCGCCCACCCACACGCACACACAACAAAACACUUUUCCAGUUUUUAAUUAAAUGAAAUGCAAGCGAAGAGUUAUAGCAGACACUGCGCCAGAGCGAGACGGGGCGAUAAGUGAAAUGCACACAAAAUGAAAAGCCAUUAACGAAAUAUUAUAUCUGAAGAUGGAGGGAGUAGCAAUGUCAGCUGCAUCCGGUUUGGGAUAUAAAAAGCGCACAAAUUUCGGAAGUUUUUCUGCACCAAGAGAAACAGUUGUGCGUGUUAGCCAAAAAGUUUAAAAAUAUUUGUACUAAAUUUCCCAGUUUUGGGCAACACAGAAAUAUCUUGAAAAGCUAUUCAGUUUCGAAAAUAGCUGAAGCUUGGUGUUUAGAGGAAUUUCUAGAUUUUUUCCUAGUGUCUUUGAUGUUAUUUAUGCGCAAGGCAUUUAAUAGGUUACCCCCGAAUUAUGACUCGCCCCAAGUGAAGAAGAAGUAAUUCGGUCAUGGAGGGGGAGGGCGGGGGGUUGCUUGUUGGAGACCGCAAAUCAUAAUUGUUGCGGACACACAAGACACAACAAACUCAAAUGGAUGGUCCAGGAGUUGGGGUGGUGGUGUGGUGGAGUGGACUCCUCCACGUGGUCAUAACAAUGCAAUCUGUGUGGCCACACACAAAAAGGACAUUAGCCCUGCUCCUUUCCACGCCAGUUUGCUUUGCUUUCAGCCAUUGGCUGUUGCUGGUGCUUGUGGAUUUGACCUUUAUACUUUAUACUUUAUACUUUGUUAUGUAUUUUAUUUUAUUGGGUCGCCAAUGAGCGAUGAGUAUGAACACUGAAAGUGCUUAAGAUACUGUGAAAUGAGCUGGGACGGCUUGGAAAGCGGUUAACCGCUUAACCGGUUCAUAACCGAUACGGAUUCCUGAAAAUGCUCUAUAACGGAUAUGCCAAAGCUGAUUAAAACAUUUCAGCGAAAGCAAUUGAGCCGUAUAUCUCUAAAUCCCUUUCAACCAACCAUACAAUGCAAUUUUGAAUUCAAAAAGCUCGUCAACGAACAAAAAGGGGAAACCUAUGCUCUGCCAAUUGUUGGACCAACAAAAUGGAAUGGCAAAAAAAAAAACGAAAAAAAAAGGCAAAAGCUUAGCCGGAAAUAUCCAUCAUUGAACAUUUCCCACUGUACCGGCGUUUUAUCUAUGGGCCCGCGUGUUUCGCGUGUCGCUUCCCCAAACGCAACGGGCAAUACAAAAGCAAUCAUAAAGUUAUAGCCCGGUCGAAACAGUCGCCACUUCGGUCGUGCCACACUGCCUGCACCGACCAUACUGCUGCCAGUUGGCCAUUUCCAUUUCCAUUUCCACUAACGUGGCCGGUUUUCGGUCCAGUUGCUGGCCCCCAAUGAACUCGAAGCAAAAACCAACUUUACACCCUAGGGCGACAUUAUCCACCAGGCAGAACAUCCACCCAUCCGCCCACUUUCUAAAAAACAGCGCUGAUGUGUUGUCUUUACACCACACAAAUAUUGUAGUGAAUUUUCAGGUGAAUUUCUACUUCAAAAGUAUUUGAAUUCAUAAUUGAUUUGAAUAAUUUUCGAUAUUUUUUUGAUAGGCUUAUUUAUUGUCUGGGUUUUAAAUCUUAUUAUAUGCUCUUUUUUUUAUUAAAGAUCGCUGGCAUUUCCGCUUUUCCUUUGCCCAUUUCCCCCAUUUUACCCACAACCAUGUCAUUUAAUGUCCUAUCUAUGUUACUGCUUCUUUUUUCGCCCACCUUUUUGGCUCAAUAAGAGCGACGAAUUUAUUGCUUGCUAAUAGGAAAACAGCCUCCCUUUGGACUUUUCCACAAGCCCCCAACAUUUUCCCCAUUUUCCUCGGCUUUUCCCUCGUUUUGCGGGACGACAAAGUUUGUCCACAUUUUUUGUUUGCUUUGUUGGAAUGGGAAUGGGAAUGGGAAUCGGGAAUGGGAAUCCCCUGGAGCAGAGGAAAAAUAUGUUUUCAACAUAAUUUCAUUCAUUAUAUUCGAAUUGUUAUUGUUGUUGGUCUGUUGGCCGAUGUUGGCGCUCAUUUUCAGCCGACCCAUUAUCGGGCCACGCCCCCCCUUCAAUCUCUUCUCGCGGAGAAAGACGCAAGGUGUGGGCGUGUAGCAUUUUGGCUAAUUUGAAUUUGAUUUCAUUCGGAAAGUUUGCCGUUUUUGGCAUUUGUUUCAUGGCGCUGUUUUGAUUCUCGUGCGACAAGUGCAAAUGAUUGUGCUCGUGAGUUGAUUAAUUGAAAAUGAAUGCGCGGGUAGGGGUGAAAUUGAUUAUCGUUUUGCAACCAAUUUUUGGAUUUUCUUGAAAUUUAUCGAAAUUAUCUCUAGCCAAAAAAAAAACACAAAAAGAGAAGGUCGGAAUAUGGAACAAUUCAUCAUCAGCUUGUUUUGCCAGACCCAAUUAAAUUCAGCGAAAUUAAAAGGAUACUAAAUAUUUGGCCCGAAAUUCGGCGAAAACAUCCUUAGCACAAAUGAAAUGAACCUCUAAGGUUUCACAGGAAUACAAAAAAAAAAAUAGAUGUUCCACAAAUACGGAUUUAAAAAGUCCUCUCGCGGCCCAAAAAAAAAAAAAAAGAAAAUCCUUUCAAAUGCGUGAGUGUGCGUGCGUGUCAUAUAUAUCACUAGUCACUAAAUUAAAAAAAAUAAACAAAAAGGAAAAAACAGGCGUUGAAGAAAACCUAAUUAAUAAACAUAUUUAUAUGGUAAUUGGAGCAAGCAUACGAAAACCGACUCAAGCGACAGCGAAACCAAAGUGUAAAAAUGUUGAAAUAUUUUUUACAAAUCGAAUCGGGCUAAAAAGCUAACAAAAUGCCCAAAAAUGGGGCUAAAAGGGGUUGCACUUUGGACAUUAAUUGAACUCGACCCUUUGGGGUCGCUACCAUUUGCCACAGGACAUUGUGUGCUCCAGCAGUUUAUACAUAAACGCAUAGAUAUAUGAAUAUAAAUAUAUAAAUAUAUAUAUAUAAAGAUAUUUGGGAUCGGGGGCAUUGUGGGGCCGGCGAAACUAACACUAAAAUGAUAAUGAAAAAAUCGAGCAAAUCGCAUAAAGGAGACAUUUUUUUUAGAACGUACCUUUAAUAGAACGAUUAAGAAGCGUUCACGCAGAACAACUAACACUAAUUUUAAUGCAUACAUUUAAUGGUAAAAUUAACAUAAAACCAAAACUAACAAAUGACAUUGAUAAGCGAUAUACACAGCGAAAGGAAAUUAGCAAAAUUGUUUAAUAAUAAGCGAAGCAAACCAAACACGAAUUGAAUUAACUUUUAAGAACAUAACAAACAAAAAAAAAACCGAAAAAAAAAACGAACAAGAAAUUAAGACAAGAUAUUUAAACGAAGCCAAGAAAAAAAAACUAUAAAAUUAUACGAUUUACAAAACUAAGAACAACAAAAAAUAAUUGUAAAAAUAGAGACAACUUUUUUUUGCUCAAAGCCAGGGGGCAGAUCCCUCACCCUCAUUCACUUUCCCAAAAAAAAAAUAAAUACAUUUAAACACGAAAAUAAAAAAUAUAUUUCGCGGCACGUAAAAAUUUGUUCGUCACGAAUGUAAACCAACCACAAAAAAUCCAACACAAAACGAUUUUCUAAACGAAAUGUUUGCAGAAAUUGGCCAACCCAAAACCAAAUAAUGUUUAAAAUUAAACCAACAUUCAAGUAAAACCACAAGAAGAUAAGAAAGAAAAAACAUAAGAAAUUAUAAUUAAAACCAAAACUUAGCUUCUAGUGAGAGAAUUUUUAAAACAAAGCAAAAAUGAAACGAUAGAAAAUGCCCCAGAAACCAAAAUAUGAAACAAUGUUAACAAAUCGAGGAAGGAUUAAUAUAAAAAUGGAAUAAUAAGAUCGGCUAGCCGACACUCAAAUACCCUUGCAAUCGAUUACAAAAGUCUAGAAUCAUGAAAAUGGAAUACGAACUCAAAUCUUUCAAAAAAAAAAAAUAUCCUCUUUACUGUUACUUUAAUUACUAAGAUACUUUUUACUGAGUUUUUUUAAAUUGAAGAAAUUUUUUAGUUUACAGACCUAAUACGUAAAUAUGUUGUACAAUUAAACAGUUCUAAAAUCGAUUCCGAUUAUGAAAUGAGCAAAUGAGAAUUCAUGUUGAGAACGUACGAUUGCAAGGAUAUCAAAAACAAAGUUUCGAAGGAAGAAACGCGAAACCUAAAACCAAAUGAGAAACCGAAAUUUAACUAGAGAAUUCUUUUCAAAUAUCAAAUAAAGCAAGAACAUUAAUAAUAUAAUAUAAUAUUUCAGCCACGAUGGGAGAGCUAAGAAGUGAAUAAAACAAACGAAUGCAACCAACCCAGUAACAACAACAACAACACACACACACAUUUCAAUUGCGCUCGUUUAGCCCAUAUAUAGUAUAUUUCAAUUAAAAGAACGAAAAAAAAAACAACACAUUACAAUAUUUCAAUAUGUCAUUAAGUCACAGCGAAUAAACAACAACAAUAAGUUGAAGGCGACUUACAAAUCUAAACGAGAGAGAAACUGCGAUCGUGUGUGCGAGGG